AUGGACGCCGCCGGCCAACUCCUCUUCCACGCGGCGCAUCUCAUCGCUCGCCAAGUCGCAUCCGAGACUGCCUCUCCCACCAGCACAUCACCCUCAGCGACCUCCGCCUCCACCACCGCCAGCGCAACCUCAACCUCCGCCGCCGACAAGUCCGGUCGUCCUGCUUCCUACAAACUCAUCGGCAUCCUCCUCGCCGUCGCUUCUGGUCUGUUCAUCGGCGUCUCCUUCGUGGUCAAGAAGAUUGGUCUCCUCAAAGCGAACGUCAAGUACAAUGAAGAGGCGGGAGAAGGAUAUGGAUAUCUCAAAAAUCUGUGGUGGUGGUCUGGGAUGACGCUCAUGAUCGUGGGUGAGAUUUGCAAUUUCGCCGCAUACAUGUUUGUCGAUGCCAUCUUGGUUACACCUCUGGGAGCGCUGUCCGUCGUGGUGACGACUGUCUUGAGUUGGUAUUUCCUCAAGGAGCGACUGUCCUUCGUGGGAUGGGUGUCUUGCUUCCUCUGCAUUAUUGGAUCGGUCCUCAUCGCUCUCAACGCUCCAGAGCAGUCUGCCGUGUCGAAUAUCCAGGAAAUGCAGCACUAUGUCAUCGCGCCGGGGUUUCUCGUCUUUGCUGGAUUGAUCAUCCUCGGGUGUGCUUUUGUCGCUUGGUGGGUGGCUCCACGGUAUGGCAAGAAGAGCAUGAUGGUAUACCUCACAAUUUGCAGUCUGAUUGGAGGUCUUUCUGUCGUGGCUACGCAAGGACUGGGUGCCGCGAUCAUUGCUCAGAUCGGUGGACAGGCACAGUUCAACAAGUGGUUCACCUACGUCCUGCUGGUGUUUGUCAUCUGCACCCUCUUGACAGAGAUCAUCUAUCUGAAUAAAGCCCUCAACAUCUUCAACGCCGCCCUCGUCACGCCGACAUACUACGUCUUCUUCACGUCCUCCACGAUCAUCACCUCCGCCGUCCUCUUCCGCGGCUUCCACGGUACAUCCACUCAGAUCAUCAACGUCGUCUUCGGCUUCCUCACAAUCUGCUCUGGCGUCGUUCUUCUCCAACUCGCCAAGUCCGCCAAAGAUGUGCCCGAUUCGAAAGUCUUCUCCGGCGAUCUCGAUCAAAUGCGAACAGUCGCCGAAGUGCAAGAGCCAGAAUACGAACCUCGCGCCGAUGCGAUUCGCGGUGGUGCAGGCAUUCUCCGCGCGAUGAGCAGUAAAGUCCGCAGGAAGCGUGAAGCAGAAGAGAUACAUCGGAUACAUGAAGACAGAAUGGAGCCAAUUGGAGAAGGCGAACAAGUCGAAUGGGAUGGUCUAAGAAGAAGGAAGACCGUAUCAUCAGUCGGAGGCAGCGGCUCAAUCGUCAGACGGAAAACAGUCCACCCUCCGCUGGGAAUGUCGCAGUUCCCAACCGAAGACGAUGACACCAUAAGCGAGCCAGACAGCGAAGUCCACCCAGGUUUCUUCGGUCGCAUCGGACGAAACCUGACCCAACGCACACGGAAUCGCGGUCACAGUCCCGUUCCACUCGACCAUGUUCCAUCAGACAACCUGAAGUCGGGAGAGGACAACAAAGAGGACACAUCUUACUGCUCGCCCAGCACAGCAGGACACGUCCAAUGGGCUGGCCCAGACCGACCCGACUCCUCCUCCAGCAACAGUCUCGCGCCUCCACGACCACCACCACACGUUUCUAGCGGGGGGAACCAAGCGCGCCGACAAUUCUCUUUUCAAAACGUCUUCUCCCGCAGUCGAGGGGAGAGUGAUGCCGACCGACCACUCUCGCGAGGCGCAUUGUCAUUCGUGAGUCGACGACCGGCGAGUCGACCUGGGAAUUACCCCGGUGCGAAUUCUCCCGGUACGACGGAGGAGGAGAGACUAGGUCUUGUGCAUGGCGACUCAAGAGAUACGAUGGUACCGCCUUCUCAUACCGCUUCUGCUGGCGGUGAAGACGGAGUUGAGGAUGAGGUGGAUGAACGGAGUAGUGACGAAUGGGACAGGGUUACGCAGAGGGGGAGUGAGGGUAGUCCGGAGAUUGUGAGCGGUGGUCGACCUGUUGCGCAUGGAAGGAGGAGGAGGAGGAGGGAUGAAUUGAGUGAUGAAUCGAGUGAUGAUGAUGAGGAGGAGGGGAUGUAUGAUCAACCAGUCCGACGGCCAAGUUUGGGGGAUGAAGAUGGUAGGAGGUUUGUUUGA